AAGGGAUAAGGCUUUGAAGUGAAAUGGUGUCCAUGUACAUCAAACAUCUCCCCUGUGAACCACAAGACCCUUAAACAUCAGAUUCUCUUCACACAUUUUCUGUCUCCCUUCCUCUUGUAUACACAUUCCUUCUUAUUUUAAGUCUCUACUCUAGAGAGUGAAUUUUCAAUUAUUUUGUCAAAAUACAAGUCCAGCAAUGGCUGCUGCAACUGCCUCAACAAUGGCUAACCAACUCAAGACCAGUUUUACUUCAUCAGUAACAAGAGGGCUUGUCAGUCCCAAAGGUCUCUGUGGAGCUCCACUUCGAGUCUUACCUUCGAGGAGAAACUCUGCCUUCACUGUCAAGGCUGUUCAGGCUGAAAAGCCUACAUAUCAAGUAAUUCAGCCAAUCAAUGGUGACCCAUUCAUUGGUAGCCUGGAAACUCCAGUGACAUCAAGCCCAUUGAUCGCAUGGUACCUUUCCAACCUUCCAGCCUACAGGACAGCUGUCAAUCCACUUCUCAGAGGGGUCGAGGUUGGUCUAGCUCAUGGGCUCCUUCUUGUUGGUCCAUUUGUAAAGGCUGGUCCAUUGAGGAACACAGAAUUUGCAGGUGCAGCUGGAUCUCUAGCAGCAGGCGGGCUGGUAACAAUUCUUAGCAUAUGUUUGACUAUGUAUGGGAUUGCAUCAUUCAAAGAGGGAGAGCCAUCGAUUGCACCAGCAUUGACCUUAACUGGGAGGAAGAAGAAGCCUGAUCAACUUCAAACUGCUGAUGGAUGGGCCAAGUUCACCGGAGGAUUCUUCUUUGGUGGAAUCUCUGGUGUCACCUGGGCUUAUUUCCUUCUCUACGUUCUUGAUCUUCCUUACUUUGUGAAAUAGAAAAAUAAAUUCCAUUUCACUUAUGCUGUUGUAAUUGAAUUGAUGAUGAAGUUGUAUACUCAAAAGUAGUGAUCACUUGAAGGAUAAUGUAUUAUACAUUUUUCUAAUGAAUGUUUUUAACUUGCUUGUGA